UUGACCGCCCCUUGUACCUAUAGUCUGUCCUAUACCCCUAUAGUCUAGGCUAGUCGUUGCUGUUACAUCAUUGUUGAACAUUGUGUUUCCACGUCAAUCCUACAGUAGAAAUCCGCUCGUCCGUAUACCGGUUCUAAUUUAGUUUGCGAAAGUGUUAAAAGUAAAUAGUGGAGAGUGGAUUGUUAAACCAACAGUAUUAUAUACUAAAGUACAACGAUAUCGUGAAGUACCGCGUUUCUCGUCAAACGCUUGACCUUUGUCUCGUUACAAAAAUGGCACCUCCACGUCGCUCAUACUACGAGUAUGAAGAUAACUCAUCCGACGAAAUGAGCGACGCAACAAACGAUGGGCCACCUCCUAGGAGACAAAGAACAUCUAUAUCAUCCACAAAAUCAGAAAAUUCGGAGAAUACUGUACGACGCCGAGUGCGAGGGCCCUCAAAAAAACCCUGUCCCAACAAAAACGCGCAAAUGGCGCGUUUAAAUCGGGAGAAGAAAAAGCAGUAUGUAGAAAGUCUUGAGGGUCAACUCAACUACUAUACAGAGCGGACUGAGCGUUACAAAAGAAUUAUUCACAAACAAAGCAUCAACGAGAGGAGGUUACAAGCGGAAGUCAAUUACCUGAAAAGUGUUUUAAGGAACAAAAGCAGCAUCACCAAGCUUUUGGAAUCGUUAAACGCAAAUCUGAACAGGAGUAGGCCGAAUCAAGAACAGACGUGCUCUAGUCAAAAUGAAAGGAGCACGCCCGCAAAGUUCCCUAUUUUCUCCGAAGGGAAGAGAAAGCAGUUACUGGAGGACUCCAAAAUCGAAUCAGGUGAAGGGUUAUUUCACCACGAAGAUUACGACUUCUUGGCUGAAACCGACAGAAUUGAGUCUAAUUAUGCAGGCGGCGGUCCACUUCUUAGCGAACUUAGCUCGAAGCCGGAAAGCUUGGGUUGUCAACUCACACCUCCCGGUAUGGAGAACAAUUAUCAGUCUCUGCAGGACAAUUUAAGCCUAGUGCCGUCUAGCCUCGACAGUUUCGAUAUUUUUGAGUAUUGUGGGCUCGAUGAGGCCAAUGCACUGGAUAUCGAUACGCCGCCUGAUUCUCUCCCGGAGGAAAGUUACUUUAACAAUUCAGACAACCUUGGGAAAAACUCGGGAAUUUGUCUCCAUGUGAACUCCAGCAGAGUUUCUCUCGAAUUCUGCGCAUCGUGCCAGAUGAACAGUAUACAUUCGGAGAUGGAAUGAGCAGUGGAAUUCUGAACGGAGGAAACCUGAUAGGAAUUCUGGGAUCAUCUGCAGCUCUGGAUCUACAAGAUAUGGAAGUGGGCCGAUAUCUCUUGGCUGCGGCUUAGUUUUUAAUUCAUCGGAUGAAAUGGUCGGUAUUGGAGUAUCAUGAGUCGCAGUCUAUUUAUUUUUAUUGUUAUUAAUCAUUAAUCUUUUAAUUACCUUGAUUAUUGAAUUUUGAAAAUUUUAAAAACUAGAUUCUGCCUUCGAACAUUUUGUACUCUUGCCAUCUUUGAAGCAGAAACUUGAUUGUAUCAAUAAUCCUAUAUUAUAGAAUGAUUAUCUGUUUAUUCCAAAUUUCAGGAGUUUUCUGUAACUUGAAACAGAUUGUGGUAAAGUUUCAGCUCAUUAUUCUGUGAUAGAAAGAUUUCAGAGAAAUAAUUUCCCAAAAUGAGUUCAUUUAGUUUAUUGUUUAGUUUUUACAUUGCCUGUUUUUGUAUUAUUACAUUUUACAGUUUAUUUUAUUAGUUCUAUUCAAAUAAUUGCACCAUGUGGUUUUUCAGAUUAUUCUUUAUAAUUCCUUCGUUUAUCAUUAUUUUGAUUUUUCUAAUUAAAUAUUUAAACCUACGAAAUCAUAAAUUCUUGAAUUUUAUACAAAAUUGUCAGGUUUUAAUUAUAGACGAAUUUCGAGUCAUGGUGCAACAUCCGAGUUGAAUUUCUGUUCCAAAGUUCUAUAUAGAGCAAAUUUGUCCUGAAAUCUUUACUGUAUAUGAUAUUCGAUAAUCCAUCGCCAGAAAAAUUUUUACUUAUUAGGUAUUUUUAAUUUUCCUGGUACUGGUGGAAGAUCGACGUUUUAGGUUCAGAAGCUUUCGAUUUUUGGAAAUUUACCCAAGUGGCGGUACACAUUAAUCGCAUGUAACUUAUAUUGGAAGACUAUAAGCACAGCAAAAUUAUAAAAUGGGUAGAAGCAUCGUAAAAGAGAGCAGCUUGGCGUAAUUGAUGAGCGUGGCAGUACUGAAAUUUAUAAAAGUAAACUGGUUGGUGAUAUCUGAUGAUAUUGGAGCAUUUUAUUUUACGAAUACUUAAGUUGCAUCGAUUCCAGGUUGAGUAUGAGUAAAAAGUAUCACAAAAAUAUAAAAUAUAUUUGUAUUGACUUUUACUGCCACCAUUUUUAAUAUGCCACGAUUGUUUUCUUUUCAAGAUACCAAUCGAGGUUGAGUCACUGAUGGAUAGUUGAGUAAAGACGAGCCAAGCUUGAAGACUGAGUAUUUUUGUUAGUAAUAUAAAAGGUUUAGUUAGAAUCCUGCGUAAUUUAGGUUUCAGCUUCUACCCAGGAGAACGGAACAUGGACUUUUUCCCUCUUAAAACCAGAGGGCGAGGGAUAUCGGCGCUCAAUCGGUCUUUGGAAAGAACUUUUCGACCAGGCACGUUUUAGUUCGGACUUGUUCCUAUUAUAGAUUUUUCAACUUUAUUUUUAUAUAUUUAUGUCAAUUUUUCAGAGCAAAAUUUUUGGCUAUGAUUUCUGUCACUCUCUGGUUUUCAACACAUAAUUUACAGAACUCGGAGGAAUGGUAAAUAAAUCAUUAAAAUGUUCGUUUUGCGAAAAAUGUAUUUUAAAGGAUUACCAUAUUGUAAUAUAAUGAAAAUUAUAUUCUAUUGUUUUAUUCGUA